UCUGAGGCAGGUGCCCGACAUGGCGAGUGCUGUGCUGCCGAGCGGAUCCCAGUGUGCGGCGGCGGUGGCGGCGGUGGCGGCGGCGGCGGCGCCUCCCGGGCUCCGACUCCGGCUUCUGCUGUUGCUCCUCUCCGCCGCGGCACUGAUCCCCACAGGCGAUGGACAGAAUUUGUUUACGAAAGACGUGACAGUGAUCGAGGGAGAAGUCGCAACCAUCAGCUGCCAAGUCAAUAAGAGUGACGACUCUGUGAUUCAGCUGCUGAAUCCCAACAGGCAGACUAUUUAUUUCAGAGACUUCAGGCCUUUGAAGGACAGCAGGUUUCAGUUGCUGAAUUUUUCUAGCAGUGAACUCAAAGUGUCGCUGACAAAUGUCUCAAUUUCGGAUGAAGGGAGAUACUUUUGCCAGCUCUACACUGACCCCCCACAAGAAAGUUAUACCACAAUCACAGUGCUGGUCCCACCACGCAACCUGAUGAUCGAUAUCCAGAAAGACACAGCGGUGGAAGGCGAGGAGAUUGAAGUCAACUGCACCGCCAUGGCCAGCAAGCCAGCCACGACCAUCAGGUGGUUCAAAGGGAACAAGGAGCUAAAAGGCAAAUCGGAGGUGGAGGAGUGGUCAGACAUGUACACUGUGACCAGUCAGCUGAUGCUGAAGGUGCACAAGGAGGAUGACGGGGUCCCAGUGAUCUGUCAGGUGGAGCAUCCAGCUGUCACCGGAAACUUGCAGACCCAGCGGUACCUUGAAGUACAGUACACGGCAGCGACGACAGAGCCAGCAGUUCACGGCCUUACUCAGUUGCCCAAUUCCGCAGAAGAACUGGACAGUGAGGACCUCUCAGAUUCUCGAGCAGGCGAGGAGGGCGCCAUCCGAGCGGUGGAUCACGCCGUGAUCGGCGGUGUCGUGGCCGUGGUCGUGUUCGCCAUGCUGUGCUUGCUCAUCAUUCUGGGGCGCUAUUUUGCCAGACAUAAAGGUACAUACUUCACUCAUGAAGCCAAAGGAGCCGAUGAUGCCGCAGACGCAGACACUGCUAUAAUCAAUGCAGAAGGAGGACAGAACAACUCCGAAGAGAAGAAAGAGUACUUCAUCUAGAGCAGCCUUUUUGUUUCAAUGAGGUGUCCAGCUGGCCCUAUUUAGAUGAUAAAGAGACAGUGAUGUUGGAA